CCAAAACUCACGUAUUAGUUGUCGGUUAGAAUUGAAGGCCAGCCAUAGAUAGAUAGAAUACAGAAGUUAUGAUCUAUGUUCAAUUUGGAAUUUUUCUUUUGAUAUUUUGGCCCUCUAUGUGACAGUUACACUCUUAAUGGAAAUAAUUCUUCUUCUUCUUCUUGUUCCGUAUACCUACAUGUCUGUGGCAGCAGCUUCUGAUUCUUCUUCUUCUGAGUUAAAUAACAAUGAUAGCAGCAUAUGAGUGUGCGGACCAAAUGGGAACUGCGACCUUGAUGAGGCACAAACUUGUGUGUGCUUGGAUGGUUUCACUUUCACACCAAAGUCCCCAACUGAUUUUGCUUACUUGAACUUUAGACAGGGAUGUGUGAGAAACAAAGCUUUGAAUUGUAGCACUGAUGUGUUUGUUAGGCAUUCUUCGUUUAAAGAACCAAGUGGUGGUUCUUCUCUGUCCAACCAACAUGGUUGCUUCGGAAAAUGCAAGAGCGAUUGUUCUUGUAUGGCGUAUAAAGUAAUUGUCGGUGGAUGUAAAUUGUGGAACGGUGAUUUGUUUGAUGUUAGGUUGCUCAAACAGGGCGGACAAGAUCUUUAUAUUCGAAUGCCAGCUUCAGAGGAACAAGGGGAAUCAGAGGCAGGUGGGAAAAAACAGGGGCGAAAUGAGGGAAUGGUGGUAGGAAUAGUUGUGGGGAGCAGUGUUGUGAUUUCCAUGAUAAUCAUCGCUUCAUGGUACAUGUUCAGGGAAAGACUGCUUCAAAAGAUACUACAAAAGGAAGACAUGGGCCUUCCUUUGUUUGAUCUGUCAAGAAUAAUUGUGGCCACUGAUAAUUUCUCCCCCAUCAAUAAGCUUGGAGAAGGUGGUUUUGGAUCUGUUUACAAGGGUAUAUUAAAUGAUGGACAACAAAUUGCUGUAAAGAGGCUUUCAAAUAGUUCUGGACAAGGUCUAAAUGAAUUCAAACCGAAGUAAAGCUAAUAUCUAAACUUCAACACCGUAAUCUUGUAAAGCUUUUUGGAUGUUGCAUCCAAGAGGAGGAGAAAUUGCUGAUAUAUGAAUACAUGCCUAAUAAAAGCUUGGACUAUUUUAUUUUUGGUUAGUAUGUAUAUGAUGACAUUUUUGUUAGUCUAAAUGUUUUACUACUAUAUUUUAA